AUGCCUUCUCCACCGUUACCAAAUGACUCUGCCAUAUCAGUAGCCACGACCUCCCAAAACACAUCCUCUUCCGCUACAGCAGGUCCUAAAUCCAAUUCUCCCAAGUCUAAUUAUCCAAGCAACUCCCCCACAACAAUACCUUAUAAUCAACUUACGCCCGAAGAACAAGCUGCACAAGACAUCGAGAACGUUGCCGCAGUACAACAAGCGCAAGAUGAAAUCGACAUUGACUCGAGUUCCGACGGCCGUUCCGUCUCUGGCGAAUCGGGCUACGAGACAGACUCCCUACAAUCGGCAAGUACCUCUCUCGGAAGCUCCGUCAGGAACUACGCCUGGGAAAACGGCCGGAGAUACCAUAGAUUUCGCGAAGGCGUAUACAACUUUCCCAAUGACGACAGUGAGCAGGAUCGGGAGGAUAUGAAGCAUGCUAUGAUGGUGAACCUAUGCCAAAAACUUCACUUUGCGCCUAUUGGGCCGGAUCCGCAGAAUAUCUUAGACAUGGGCACCGGAACUGGAAUAUGGGCUAUUGAGAGAGGUUGGUUCGAGCUCCAAGAAAUCCACCACUACCCCUACUGCCACGAUGGGUCUAUGCCACCCACAUACAAAGUCACCGAAUUCUGGACCAACAUCAUCGAAGCGCUCGCGCGCCUCGGCGUAAACUUCAACGCCACACUCCUGCUCGCAGACAUGAUGCGCGAAGCGGGCUUCACCAACGUCACGACGCGCAUCUUCCACGUCCCCAUCGGCACAUGGGCCCGAAACAAAGUCCUGAAAAUGGUCGGCUUGUAUUGGCGCACCAUCUUGGUUGAUGGGCUGCAGCCCAUUUCGCUGGGGCCCAUGACGAGGGGGUUAGGGUGGAGCAGGGAGCAGGUUGAGGUUUGGCUUGUGGAGGUCCGGAAGGCGUAUAUGGACGGGUCAGUGCAUAGUCAUAUGCCCUUGCAUAUUAUAUGUGGACAGAAACCUGAAUAG